GUUUGAGUCAGUAUAGUCAAUGGAGUAUAUGUUUAAUGAAAUCAUGCAUUUCACUGUCAAAGAGGCCGACAAGUGGCAAAAACAAUGUCUGGGGCUAAAGAUAUUACAUGACAUAUUUGGCUGCAGAUGAGCAUUUCUGAAAUGUUUGAGUGCUCAAAAAUAUCAGGUUAACCUACAAGUUCUUCACCAGAGCUCGCAGAUAGCGAUGCGACGAUAAGGUGAAACGUCUCCUCACCAUCUCUCAUCCUCCUGUCAAUCAUUCUCCCACUGAACAAUAGCACGGCAUUAACGAUGGCCCCAGUGGGGGGAUAAACAAGGCUGUAAUCCUGCUCCUCUCUCUCUCUCUCUAUACCCUGCUUGGUCUCAGCAGCAUAAUCUGCACACGGGCCAGUCAGUACUUUACUAAUAUGAUUAAGCACUAGUGGGCGGAAGCAGAAUAUGUGUGGUACCAAACUGAGGACGGCCAUCGCCAAAAAACAUUUUCAUGAUGAGCGCUGCACCUUCAAAAGAAUGUACUAAAUGUCAGAAUUAAUAAAAAGAAAGAUCUACAAAGGUCUGCAUGAUUUAAAAAUAGAGAGAAAACAGGCCAUCUGCCUCUUAGCAUAGUGGAGCAGGGAGGAUUAAAUCCAGAUUAUGGCCGUUGUGUGUGUGUGUGUGUGUGUGUGUGUCUGUUGCUUGUCGUCAGUAUGUCCUUGGUUCCAUAGACAAGCAGCAGGUUAGCUCGAGAGCUACCACUGGAUUUGACAGCUAUAGGAAACCGAACCGGUGGGCGCCAUAAGGGGAGCAGCAUCACUUUCACCUUUUAAAAAUAUUCGCACACCCUCGCAGAGUGAACAGUCACACGACGACAACAACUCAAGAUGGCUUUCUUGAUCAAGAGCAUGAUUGGGAACCCCCUGUCGGGGAUCGGUCUCGGUGGUGGAGGUGACAAGGAAGAGGAGGCCGCCCCCACAGAUCCAGCCAAAGCAGCAGGGAUGACACGCGAGGAGUAUGAAGAGUACCAAAAACAAGUGGUGGAGGAGAAGAUGGAGAGAGAUGCCGAUUUCUUACACAAGAAGGCAGAAAGGGCAACAUUGAGGGUGUGCCUCAGAGAAAAAUACAGGCUGCCAAAGAGUGAGCAGGAUGAGAACAUGAUCGAGAUAGCCGGGGACGACGUGGACGUGCCUGAGGAGCUGCUCAAGAUGGUGGAUGAGGACGCCACGGAGGAGGAGGGCAAGGACUCCAUCAUGGGCCAGUUUCAAAACUUGCAGAACAUGGACAUGGACCAGCUGAAGGAAAAGGCCUCGGCCACCGUCACCGAGCUGAAGACCAAAGCAGAGGAGAAGUGCUCCGUCAUGUGAACAGUCGGAGCGGAUCUUCUGUGUUUAAAUGAUGAAGAAGAGGAAGAGAAGAACACAAGAAAAUAAAUGUCAACACUUUCUGGGAAUUUGCAGACUGAGCAGUGUUAAUACGUCUGGGAUUCAGUUACAACCUCCUACGAAGUAUUCACUAGAAAGGCAAAGCAUCUCUGUGUAAUAUAAAAAGGUGUGUUAUUUCACUUCGGCUACCACUCUGCAUCUACUGAAGGAUAUACUGUACACGUUUCCCUGCUAGCUUGUUACUAAAUUGAUAAUAAUUAAAAACUUAUCUUUGCAAUAAACUGAAAAUACUUUAAAUUACAACCAUGAUACCCCAUCUGCCCCCAUGACCGUUUCCUUAAGAUCGGUCAAGGGAUUGUUCCCAGUCACAAGCCACAAUACAUUUAAAAGAUAAGGAUUAUCUGUGAUAUUAUGUUCAUUCUUUCUUUGUUUGUUGUUAAUUGAAUCAGCUAAGUCUCUAAAGGCGUGAUUUUCAGUGAAAUGAAUAACGAUGUACCAAGACUCAGUUAUACAAGAUCCCCCCCAAAAAACUUAUGUAAGUUAAACAUUCCAUCCUGUGUGAGUGUUUAAACGUUCCUUUUGUUCUGUUGGUUAUGUGGUUGGUAUGUGAUCUUUGAAUUAGCUAUGACAUUUAGAUUUUUUUUCUUUUGGUGUUAUUACAAAGCAGACAUGUCGAUUUACUUUGAUUUCCCUCAUAUACACAUUUUAAGUGUAAUAAAAGC